UGUAAACUUUCCUGCACGACAUUAAGAGUUGCUAUAAGUGAAAACAGAAUAUAGACAGGCAGACAGGCAGGUAAGCAAGCAGAUUGUUCUCCCUGUAAUACAUUCUGACAUAUUUUGAAAUAAGUGGGAGUAUCAUUCACAACUUGCUAAAAGCUUACUUUGUUUCAAAAUGAAUGAACAAGUUGAGUGGCUAAGUAAAACUUGGUCUUCAUAACAAUACUUAAAGAGUCUAAUUUAAACAGACAUUUUUGAAAUUGAUGAGAAUAUUUAAGUAUCUAAAUUGUACUGGAAUGGAAAUUAAAUCAGUAGAAAAUAAUUAUGUAAUAAUGACUUUGAUCCACUUGAAAAAAUAAUGUACUUUCAAUUCUAUAGGUUGGACUCCAUUACAUGAGGCUAGUUUGGCUGGAUGCUUUGAAAUAUCAAAUGAACUUUUAAAAGCAGGAGCUGAUGUUAAUUGUAAAGGAUAUGAGCAAGUAACACCAUUACAUGAAGCUGUUAAAGAAGGUCACUACAAGGUAGUGGAAUUAUUGCUUUGGCAUGAAGCUGACCCACUGUUCAAGAAUGAAAGAGGAAAGAAUGCCUUAGAAGAAGCUACUGACAAGCGUAUGAGGAAACUAGUGGAAAGUUAUAUAGCUCAUUCUGGUAAAAGAUCAGCAUCAGCUGAAUUAAAAACUGUCCAGACCAAGUACAAUGGAAAUUAUCAAAAUGCUGAUUUGGGUUCCAGCAGUAAUGUGAAGAAUGUUUCUUCAAGUUAUACACAGUUGAGUCAAAUUGAAGAACAACAAAUACCACAAAUCUUAGAGUCUUCACAACUUAGGAAAAAGACUAAAACAAUUUCUAGUUAUCUGCAAAGUACUACAACAACUAAAAUAAACAAGAGAAAUGCUAAAGGAGAAACUCAUUUGCAUUUAGCUUGCAAAAAAGGAAAAUUAUCUUUAGUGAAAACUUUGAUAGCAUCUGGAGCAUGUGUAAAUCAAAAAGAUAAUGCAGGUUGGACCCCAAUUCAUGAAGCUUCUAACAGGGGAUUUACUGAGAUUAUUGCAGAAUUACUAAAAGCUGGUGCUGAUGUAAAUAGUAAAAGCUUGGAUGGUGUUUUGCCCAUUCAUGAUGCUGUUUCAGGCAACCAUUUUGAGGCAGUACAGUUGCUGUUGCUCCAUGGUGCAAACCCCAACGAAAGAAACAACAACAGGGAAAAUGCCCUGGAUGAAGCUACUUGUGACCAAAUUAAAGAGCUUCUUAAGUCUUAUGGUGCUACUGAAGUUAAAGAGACUGUUUUGAUGAGUCAUGAUUCUGGAAAAAAUGACCUGCGCACAUCAAGGCUUAGGAGAAAAUCUAGUUGUUAUAGUUGCCAAGAAAAGGAGAACCUGGUUUUACAGCCCAGUUUAGCUGGACAAAAAUAUACCACACAUGAAUUAAUCAACAAAACAUUGCUGGACAUAGAAAAUAAGCAGGAGAAAUUAUUGCUGUUUGAAUUAAAAUGCCAAAGAGAUGCAGAUCUGUAUAUCCAAGACUUUUCUGAGAUACAGAACUCUUUGAAUACUAUGCUUGCCAGACAGAAAUCUGAAAGAGAUGAGCUUGCUAAGAAAUAUAGAGCUUCUGUGGAAUCUUUUAAACAGGGAGUGCUGAGAGAAAAGCUAGUAAAACUUGCAGCCCGACAAAAGAAUCUUUUGCUCAUGGCACGAAAACAGAAAGAAUUAUGGAAAAAAAUACAGAAUUUUAAAAAUGCAGAAAAAGAGGCUUUACAGUUAGCAAACUACGCCCCAGACACAGUUGAUUCUUAUGAAAACAGCAAUACAAAAAACAGUAUUUCUGAUGAAACAGUGCCAUGCCCUAACAUAAUUAUGGGCCAUGAGAGUGUCUGGGAGAUGGAAAAUAGGUCUUUAAAUCAAGACCAUCCAAAUAUAUUUCCAGAUACAUCAGGAGAAAAUGGAGAAAUUAAUAAUCAGAAGAAAGAGGGUCCACAGCUUUUGGUAUUUGAAAACAAUGUGAAGAAAUGUAACACUGUAGAAGCAACAAAUUCAGAAUUCUCUGAUGCUGCAGAUUCAACAACAUUGGCUCCAAACUCUCUUAUGUCUUCUACUCAACAAUUAAAAGAAAUUGAUUAUAUAUCGAUGACAACGCAAGAAAGCCAGAACCUAGGUGCCAUAUCAAGAUUGCAGAUACUUAAUAACUCAGCAACUGGAAGUAGUAAUAAUAAUAAUAUCUAUCAGCCAUUUACUGACAGUCAAAAUAUUUGCAUGAAUAUGCCUUUGGCACAACAUUCAAAUAUAAACAAUGCUUUCUCAAUACAACCUAUUGUAGAGUUAGAAUCCACAUGUGGCUUUGUUACUGAUCAGGAUAACAUGGCCCCAAGUAAAAGAAUCUCACUUUAUGUUAAUUUAGAAUCUUCAGGGGCAUUUUCUCAUGUAAUACCACAAAACACAAUCAAUCAGAAUUCUUCCCAAUAUUCGAAGAAUCAAGAUUCUGAAAAAGAACUAUAUUUCAAGAAAAACAGGAAGAAAAAAAGUCAGCUAUUAGAUCUGCUUGAACUGGGAAAAAUUAAGCCAGGAGCUGACGUUUUAGAAUUCACACUACAGGGUUCCAAACAUAAAGCUAGCCUUCUUGGAAAUGGAAAAGUUCAAACUGGGAACAACUCAGUUUAUCAAAAUCCAGUUCAAUGGAUUAAGGCAAUAUUAGGAAAUGACAUUUGUGUAACCUGGAAAUAUGUAUAUAAUAAGGUCACAUACUGUGGAAGGCCAUUAUCAACAAUUGUUAAUGAAAUGCAUGUUCCUAAAGAACCAGAAGUAUUGUUGCAACAAAAAAAUCUGCUUGACUCUUCCUAUCAGGCUAAUUCCUCAAAAACACCCUGCUUUCUACAGUUCAACAAAAUAAUGUUAAUAACAGAUGAAGAAUUUCUGCCAUGGCAUGUAGGAGAAGAAUACUGGGACUCCUAUGUCAAAUAUGAAAAUUUUGGAUUUUAAACAUUUUCUUUUCCAUGAAUAUCUGUAGUUUUUCAAGUGUCUGUUCCUUGGAUUAAACAAAAUAUUAAAACUGGUAAAUGAAGAUAUGCAUGAACUUCGGCUUGUAAAGAGGUCAAGGAAAUGAUGCAGAAUAUUUCAUCGUAGUCUUUCAACAGUUAGCUAUUAUGGAUGCUAAAAUAGCAGUACUGAAAUGAUUGAUUAUUGGCUUAGGCAACAGGAUAACUUCAGAUAUUACAGAGGUUAAAAAAAAUCUGUAGGAAGGAGUGAAGUUGUUUUGUGCUAAAAUUGUUGGAAGUAACUAAUUCAAAUGCCAAAAUUGUCAUGAAAUGAAAGAAAAUUACAUUUGGAUGAGGAGUAAGGUAUUUAAACAGGGCUUACUGCGUCCCAUUUUCAACCCUGUUGUGUUAUAAUUAUGUUUUUCUUUUGUGACAAGAAACAGAAUGAAAAGAUUCAUUGACAGUUCAGCAUUAGUUCAUAUUCAAGUUUUAUAUGUACAAAGUUUUAAAUGUACGGAGGAUUUAUUUUACUAUUCACUUGAGUAAUGUUUAUACUGUUUUGUUGUAAAAGUCAAAACACUUAAUAAAUCAACAAUAUUUCAGCAAUCAGGCUUUGCAGUAACAUUUUGGAUUAUAUUCGUAAGUCUCUAUUUCAUCUGCAUUUGGACUUACUAAAGUAUAAACACUAAUUUUAUUAUCUUUUCUUGAAGAAAAAAAUCUAUAAAACUUUGUACAAAAUGUAACAGUACAAAACUGCCUAGCAUACUGACUGCUGUUUUUCUUAGGGAUGAAAUUCAAGGGAAAAGUCCAAAAUACAUUGGCUUUUUGCUAUA